AUGGCGGCAAGUAAAGUAAAAUACAUACUGGGCUCUCCCCAAGAGCAUAUUCCAAUGUGUGAAUUGCACAAUCUACCUUUUCAUCUGAUUUGUGAAGAUUGUGAUGAGUUUAUUUGCACUGUCUGUGCCAAAAUAACUCACAAAGAUCAUGACUGGAACACAUUACCUACAGCUGCUGGUCAAAUACGAAAAGGUCUUAGUCAAUUCUUCAAAAGGAUUAAAAAAGAUGAGCUGCCACGGAUUGAUUCAAAGAUGGAGAAGAUGUUAAAACAAAUCACAAAAAAUGAAGAAGGUCAUGAAUGUGAGAUUAAAAAAUUGCAGAAACACUGGGAUGAACUAAUGACCAGGCUUUCAGAUAUCAAAAAACGACAAGAACAAAUGUUGAAAGACAAUCUGUCAAAAAAGAAUGAACAAGUUGAUCUUGUCCAAUCUCAGCUAAUCGGGAAGAAGAACAAAAUAGUUAAGAUCAUGAAAUUCAUGGAGGAGAACAACAGAACCAUGUCUGAUCUUAGUUUGAUAACCAACCAUAAAGAAUUGACACUCCUUCUAUCUGAAAGUGACAUCGAUGUUAAGAACUGCGAACAAUCAGUGAGAUACAGUAGAGGAAACAUCAGUGAUGACCUGGUGGAGUCAAUAACUGGAAAGACUUUGGACUUAGAUGACGUCAGCGCGACGGAAACGUCCUCUUUUAACUAUGGAGAUGAGCGAAUAGUUUUAUUAAAAGCCUUUAGCGACGAUUUGUGUUAUAUCAGGAAAUUAAAAUCAGGGUAUGUUGAAGAAAUCAACAAACAAGGUGAGAAAGCACAGAAACACAAUAUCCACCCCACUGAUAUCUGUGUGACUGAAAAGAAUGAAAUUUAUUUCACUGACUUUAAGGACAAUUCUGUCAAGAUUUUAUCUCCGGAAGGAUCUGUUUCUACAAUUGUCAGUACACAUCCUUUGUCACCAGGAGGAAUCUGUCAGUGUUUGGGUGGAGGAUUUCUGGUGACCCUAAGGGACACUGAAACAGAACUUUAUAAAUUGGAGUCCCGCAGCAGAAAUCUGAUAAGACAACUCUCGUGGACUGGUGACGUCAUUCGUGAGUACGAAUUCCAUGAAGACAGCCAGACAAAGUUAUUCACUCUGCCGGUCCGUGUUUCGCAGAGCAGCAACACCGAUAUCUGCGUUUUGAAUUGGACGAGUGCUUCUAAAGGUGAAAUGAUAAUUUUGUCCUCUUCUGGUUCUCAAAAGUCUGUUUACCAUGGACAGAACCUGGCAGCGGACUUCAGGCCCACUGAUGUAGCAUGUGACCGCCAUUGUAACAUUCUUCUUACUGAUCAUUACAACCAUUGUGUCCACUUACUGAGCCAUGAAGGGAAGUUUCUAAUGUAUUUAAUGACAGAGAAGGAAGGAAAAUUUCCAUAUAGACUCUCUCUGUUCAAGUCUACUCUUUGGGUAGGGAAUCAAAAAGGCCUUGUCAGAAUAUACGAGUACAAAUUGUAG